CAGGUCAAGAGGACGAUCGUGUGUUCAUUGAUGCCAAUAGUGACUGGCUCGAGUCUACUUUAUAUAUUGUACCUGUUUUCCCGUUCCUUCAUCAAAUCAUCCUCAGCGCAAGCAAGUCCUCCGAGUUCCUCCCUCGUAAUUCUGGAAAAGCGCGGAAUCUCGGUGGUUCGAGUUGAUGAAGGACAUUCUGCGCGGAGUCUUCUGGAAUCAUGAGGCACGUAAAUCAAAAUUCCUUGCUUGUAUUUCUGAACUGGAUACAGCGUUGGAUUAUGAAGUGUUGCUAAGAACAUUUUUGACUUCCUUGUCCGCCAUCAGCCUCAAAAGAUCGGGCCGACUAUAGUGGCCAGUACAAUCCGCAAACAUCUUGACCCUCAAAAUGGCGUCCAUAUCCAGAUCCGCAUAGACAAUCCCCUCCGUGUGCUCGUCCAGAGGCUCACUCAAACGUCGUCCAUCAGGCCCGAACACGGCAGACGACCCACCUCCGGGCUGAGCCAUGAUCGCACCGCCCGCGUUGUUGUGCGCAGCAAUAGAUUUGUCGCUCGUAAGCGCUGUGCAGUGCAACACGAAGCACCCCGCUUCGAUAGCAUACAUCCGCGACUGCGUGUGGCAUCCUUCCCGCGACAUGCUCCACAAACCCGGCCCAUCGUCUUUGUGCACCUCGAGGCUCGGCCAGGCAGCGACGUGGAUAUCCUCUCCCUGCGCAAGCGUCGCAAAUUUCAGGAGCGGCUGUAUGUGCUCCCAACAGCUGAGUGCCCCGACGCGGACCAGAUCCUCGCUUGCGGGCCGGAGAAGCGGAAGUGGUGAGACAGCGGUGAGACAGUGGCCCGACGCGUCUCCAAACACGGUUCUCUCCAUGUGCGUGGGCUUCAUCUUGCGGCGGUGCCCAGACAACGUACCGUCGGGCCCCACCAUGAUUUGAGCAAUGUAGAGACUGUUGUUGUCGUUCUCCGAAAACCCGAGACACACAGCGAUGUCGUUGUCCUUUGCGCAAGCCUGGAUAGCUCGCAUCUGGGGCGAAGAGACGCUCAGGCUGUUCUUGAUGUACUUUACACCGAGGUCAAAGUCCACCAGUCGUGUCCUUGAAAGGUUUCAGGCUUGUGCAGCAGUCUAGAAUUGUAGAGCACUCACCAAAUCCAACAAGGAUAUCCAGGAAUCCAACACUCAGGAAAGACGACGAGCUUAGCACCAUUCUCUGCCGCUGUAACGAUCAGCUGGCACGUUUUGGCUACCGCCGCAUUCAGAUCGAACCAGCAUGGCUCGGCCUGGGUGACGGCGACGCGUACCACCUUCGGGCCACUCGAGUUCAUGAGUUGUAGAUGUGGGAAAUUCUGCAGCACAGACUGGAGGAACGAUUGGAAUAUAUAGCUUCUAAGUCGCACUGGGUGACGUUCCACCAAUCAUGAAGAAGCCUCGGGAAUGUCAGCGAACGUCGCAAUGCGGAAACAAUAACACAUCAACCUUGGCCCGUGUCCGUCGGGCGAGGCCCAGUCCGUUUAACAUAAGGCAGACCCAGAGAAGAGAUGAUAAACUUGGAGUCACCAGAACUUCACUUAUCACCGCCAUCCACUGCAUUCAAGGUGGUAGAUG